UUCAAUAUUCAUAUCUUCGCUGGUAUCUCGAUCACGUAUUGCCGUCAUGGUGGCGUAUGACCAGGCCGCCAUUGGUCUCACGCCAUAGUGACGUUCCCGCGCUAACGUCAGACAACAGUCCCCAAAUCAAACGCUUCUGCCAUUACCUCGCCGGAAUUGCUUCUUCAUCGUCCAUCCACCGUUCAGCUUCCUCGACAACACCGCUUUACAACAACAAAUAAUCUAGUUUGCAAUCGCGAUGUCGAAGGAGGAUAAAGACCCUACCAAUUUGUCUCGCACUUUCAAAUACCUUUUAGCUACUCAGUUCUUGUCAAGAGGAAUUCCAUUUAUAUUCAAUACAUGGAUUGUAAGGCAUCUCACAGAAGAGGACUAUGCGAUGUAUGCAGUGCAGUUUCAUCUAUUUGUUACAUGUGUUUUAUUUCUUAGCCGGGAGGGCUUCCGACGAGCAUGCAUGCGGAUGGACAUGAAACGUGAUGGUACUUCAGUGGAAAAAGAUGUCGUGAAGCUAAUGAAAGUAGCAUGGAUGAGUCUCCCUCUUGGAAUAUUUGUUACCAUUGUAGCAUGCCUUUUUGUCUUCUGGUGGCAACAAAUAAGUUAUUUUAGUCCAUAUGGGCAAGCUGUCUUGAUCAAUGGUUGUGCAUGCAUUUUGGAGCUUCUGGCUGAGCCUUUGUAUAUUCUUUCACAGAACUUGGUCUUGCUUGAAUUACGGUUGAUGGUCGAGACAGUAGCUACCUUCUCACGGUGUUUCACAAUGUACUUUUUAAUUGUCAAGCUAUCUGGAAUGGAAAAACCAAUCAUAUUUGCAUUGUCACAGUCUGCUUAUGGAGCCUGCUUAUUUCUUGGUUACUGGGGCUAUCUGCUUCUUUUUCGGAAAUUUAGAUAUUCUUAUCUUUUCCCAUUCAGAGAAGGAAAAGUGAUUGGAUUUGACCAGCAGUUGUCCAAGAUGUGUAUGCUGUUUACCUUUCAAUCCUUUCGGAAGUUGAUCCUUCAAGAAGGAGAGAAGAUAGUGCUUGUGUGGUUGGAUACACCAUAUAAUCAAGCUGUAUAUGGCCUCGUGGAUAAGUUAGGUAGCUUAGUGGUGAGACUUGUCUUUUUACCAUUUGAAGAAAGUUCAUACGCAACAUUUGCAAGGUCUGCUUCAGGAGAAUACCCGGGAAAACACAAGAAAUUAGGAAAUUGCUUGACAGAAUCCCUUAAGUUAGUUUUGUUGAUUGGUGUUGUUUUCAUGGCAUUUGGUCCAAGUUAUUCUUAUUCCCUCGUUAGAUUGUUGUAUGGAAAAAAAUGGAGUGAUGGAGAAGCAUCAACUGUCCUCCGCUAUUAUUGCUUUUAUGUCAUUGUUUUGGCUAUGAAUGGAACAUCUGAAGCCUUUAUGCAUGCAGUUGCAACAGAGAGCCAACUCAAGCGUUCAAAUGAUUCACUACUUGUAUUCUCUUUGAUCUCUGUAGUUCUGAAUGUCCUACUAAUAAGGCUAGCUGGGUCAGUUGGCUUGAUCAUGGCAAAUUCUCUUAAUAUGACUUUGAGGAUUUUAUAUUCUGCAAUGUUCAUAAAGGAUUACUUCAAGGGAUCUUCUUCCUUUUCUUUUCGUGGCUGCCUGCCUUCGGGAUGGGUUAUUCUGUUACUUUCAGGUGUAAUCACUCUCAUUUCUGAGAAUGUAUUUUUGGACCAAGAUAAUUUCUGGCCAACAUUUAUGAUACAUUUCUCUGUUGGACUAGCUUGCUUCUGUGUGUCAUCAUAUGUGAUCUACUGCCGAGAGAAGCCGUUCAUCAAAAAAAUUAUUCGCUUUCGCGAUCACUCAGACUGAUCAAUUCUGCAUGUUAACUGGGAGAUAAUGGAAGAUGAUGAAUUACUAGUUAGUUUUGUAUGGAGGAUUUAUCCUAGGAUAGUAUGUCUCAAGCUGACAACCUAAAUUUUGGUAUAUGCAUAAUAAUACUUUAUCCAUGUUUUUGUAAAUUAAACUUCACUAGUUCACUGAUUGAAUACAAAAUGACAGGGCAUUCUUCUUAAUAAUCCUUGAGUUCUUAAUCCUAGAAGGUUUCAAUUUUCCUUUUACGGGAAAUUUUUUGUAUAA